AUGGCCACACCUCAGCAACAGCAACCCCCCGAUAGCGAUGCCGAUUUCUUACAACUGGGUAUUUCCAACGGGGUGAGUGGCCCCGGUCUGGCUACUCCCCGAGGAGCCAGACAACCAGCCUCGCAAUCCAGGCCUCACCAAUGGGCACAAGCUGCAAACUCACUGGGCCGGCGUGUACCGCUGGAUACCAUGGUGAUGCUUCAGAAACACCAAGCCGAAAGUGACCAAGCCUCGACCCGCCAGGCAUCCAGCCUUAUUGACGAAACUAAACUGGUCACAAUUAACCUGUGGGUCAAUGUAAGUCCUUUGUCAUUUGUCAUUCCGCGCUCAGAAGCCUUGAUUGACCUGACUUCCACACUUAAUUGUCGCUCGCUCAAGGCUGUAGCAGCCCAGCCCAUCAUGGCCUUAUUUCCGAUGUGGCCAAAAGCUGCUUUUGAUGAAAGUCAGCUUUUGCUGGCUGCAAUCCAGAAGGCAGUUGGCCCUGAGUGGAAUCGUGCGCUGAUGUUUUGGGACGUCAAAAUCGGCGGAUGGUACACAUCGUUAACUGAUCGAAUUUACGUCACUCCUGGUUCGCAGGUAGCCACACUAGUCAAUUACCCACAUCGUUUCCCAGUGGGCCAACGCACAAUCGUUGCACGGUUACCCACAGUCGAACUUCCUUCUUCAGCGAUCUUGCUUUUGAAGCAAGUGUUGCCACCAACACCUUCACCAACCAGACGCCCCGACACUGAUGCUUUUCGCUCGGCAAAAGAACUCCCCCCCAUUGUCGACAUGCCCUCUUCACCGACGGAAGGGGUUCCCAGCCUUUCGACCAGCCAAGCCUCGCUAGUGACACCAAAUCCAACGUCUACCACUGAAGUCACCCCGGAUGAAAUCAGCACGACCGGGGUGACCACGUCCAAAUCAACAUUGCCACCUGCGCAACUGGCCACCCCGCGGCCUACGCCUAUUGUCAUUGAUCUGACCAAAUCACCCAACCAUCAGAACUUUGAGCGCAAUGACGUUUUCCAGCGCUAUGAUGAGGUCGAUACUAAACCCGUCGUUGGCGAUGCACUUACAACGCCAAUCACAACCCCACCUACGAUGUCAUCCGGCCUGAACUUGCAAUCAAACACCACGGACGCUGCUGUCGAACCCUCGCAAGCCAGCUCUUCGACGCUCCUACCGGGCUGGCCUUCACCAAUCCUAGUUUUGAGCCUGCUUGAGUGGUAUUGUGAAACUGCCAAUGGCGACCUUAAAAGGAAAUGGCUCACCCGUUGGGGUGCUCAAUAUAGAUUCUCAAGUUCUACAAUGUACCAAUAUCGUUUAUUUGUCAAAAAAGUGCAAUAUCAUAUAUUUCACGAGAGGUAUGCCAAUCAACCACAAGCUAUCGUGGCUGAGGCUCGUACAUUCUACCAGGACAUCUUCAACGAAGUGGCACGAGUUGGAAUUCCAUCCUUGUCAUGA